AUGCGCCCUGAAGUCCUUAACCAAUUUGCACCUGAAUUACUUAAACGCCUAACAGAAAGAAAGAAAAGAAUUCAAGCACGUCAACGACUUUGGAAUGGAUAUAAUUUUAACGACGAACAGGUCACUGCAUUAAUUCCUUUUCAGAAAGGUGGUCGGAGUAAAGUGGAGUCGUGCCUAAUACUCCUGUUACCCUCAAGAAAUGGAAUCGGAGGGGGUACAGUGAAUGAGGUCCAGCACAUUGUUCAGGACAAUCUUAAUGAAACGGAAGUAAAAGCUUUAUCUAAGGCCUUAGUUGAAUCAGCCACAAGUGCUACUUCUGCUUCAUCACGCCUCUCCAGACUUCAAAGAGAACUGCACAAGCUCGAUAUCCCAGAAAAAAUAAUCUCUGCUACAUUAGAUCCUGAAACAACCCGAUUAGCCAAUGAAGAACAAAAGAAAAAGAUUUUACUUCGUGAAAAUGAAGGGAUCGAUUAUCCAGAGCACUUGCAUUAG